UGUGUGACACAGCACAGCGCUGCUCUUGCAGAGAGUAGACUUUGAUGAAUCCGCAUGCGCAGCAGUCAGUGCGUGCAGGAGAGAAAAAAAGUUUGCGUAUCGAUCUUUUUACAAGAGUAUUGCUCAGUAUCAAUACCAGCGUUGGUAUCGCUUUUAGGAUCGAUCCGCCCACCUCUACUCGACACAGAACACCACAUCACUAGAGACCAACCGUGAGGGAUCAGAUACUUUGUGUCCCAGCUGAGUAGCAGCAGGAGGAGGAGAGCCUGACGGAGCAGCAGAGGAACAUAUUCAUCCAUUUGGACUCAGCUCAGCCCCUGCAGAGAAAACAAUGAGCUCAACACAACAGGACCAACAUGGAGUGAGAAGUCAGCACUCUCAGGAAGCCGACAAACCUCACACAAGGAAGGGAGGCAAGAAAUAUAGCUGUGAUCUGUGUGGGAAGGAUUUUACUGCGAAGUCUUACCUAAAAAUACAUCAACUCAUCCACACUGGAGAGAGACCAUUCAGCUGUGAGUUGUGUGAAAAGUCCUUUGCUCAUCUUGAAAGUUUGAAAAAACACCAACUCAUCCACAGUGGAGUGAAAGCGUACAGCUGUGAUCAGUGUGGUAAAGCUUUUACUCAAAGUAGCCACUUACGGAGGCAUCAAGUUUCCCACUCUGGAAUUAAAGCAUACAGCUGUGACAUCUGUGGACAAACUUUCAGCCUUCUAGGGACUCUAAAUAGACACCUACGCAUUCACACUAGACACAAUGUGUACCCCUGUGAUCAAUGUGGUAAACCUUUUACAACUGAGAAACAGUUACAACGCCAUAAUGUUACCCACACUGAGGAAAGACCUUACAAAUGUGACCUGUGUGAGAAGGCUUUUAAAGAUACGGAGUGUCUAAAAAAACACCAAGAGAUCCACACCAGAAAGACACCAUACAAGUGCAGUUACUGUGAGAAGCAGAGCCACACAGAUGGAUCUGGUUCUCAGCCCUGUCCUCACUGUGGUGGUGGAAAAGCGUUUCGCUGUGACCUUUGUGGGAAAACUUACAAUCAAAAAACAAGCCUGAAAUGGCAUCAACUCAGACACGCUGGACACAAACUGCAUGAAUGCAGGGAAUGUGGGAGGGACUUCACCACAUCAAAUAAAUUAAAACGCCAUGAACUCAUCCACAGUGGGAUUAAAAAGCAUCUCUGUGACCAGUGUGGGUCAUCCUUCACCACUGCACAUGAGCUUACAGUGCAUACACGUGUCCACACAGGAGAGAAACCAUACAAGUGCAGACACUGUGAGAAAAGCUUCUCACAUUCAAGUAGUCGUAACCUCCAUGAACAUACACAUGUUGAAGGGAACUACAGCUGUGACCAGUGUGACAAGAGCUUCAGGAAUCUCCGUUCAUACGCUGAACACCAACGAUCCCACGCUGCAAGGAAACUGUUUCACUGUCACCAAUGUGCAAAAACAUUCACUUCAUUAUCUGCUCUGUCCAAACAUCAGCGUGAUCAUGCAGGGCAGAAAUCAUUCCCAUCACUGGAUCACAAGGAGUCUGCAGAGUCAGAAACCUCCUCUUGGGGUCAAACUUAAAAACCUUGAGAUCCGGCUCCACAGAAUUCCGAUGGAAUCUCCUGUAAAGAUCCUUAUCCUGAUCAGAUGAGGUAGCUCUGGUUUCUGGACUUGCAGUGAAUAAUCCUACAAUAUAUAAACUCAAAACUUCAUGCACAUCCAGACUUAUGUUUAGACUAUAUAGUCUUAUCCCCCUUUUAUAAUUGACAAGAACUUAUCCCAAACCAAUAAAUAUAAUUCCUUUUGAUUGUGCAACUUAUCAAUAACUCAAAAGAUGCCAUCUCUGCCAUACACCUCAUCUGAUCUCGAUACACUGGACCAUCUUCUCCAUUUACAGAGAAUAACUGGCAGCUGUGAUAAAGCCUGAAACGGGCAGUGCAGAUUCUGGAUUAGAGAUGUUGGGCGCCGUGUGUACCCACCCAUCCUUGCAUUGUUUUGAUAAUUUUUUGCCAGAAAGGUUUAACAACAGGGCAAUCUCACAUUGCGUGCACUGAAGUCCCUUCAUAAUAUUUGGAUUCCCAACACAAAUAAUUCUCCAGUGAACCUAUUUUAUGAAGGCGAGUAAAAUAACAUCAGGGAAUUAUCUUGUAGUGGGUAAACUUUUCUCUUGUAAA